AUGACACUUUCAAAGCUUUCUACGCUCCUAGCCUCCGCCACUCUCGUUGCAGGCCAUGGCUACGUCUCCAGCAUCGUAGCUGAUGGCAAAAACUACACUGGCUACAUAGUUGACAAAUACGCCUACAUGGCAGAACCCCCGGACAGCGUCGGUUGGGCAACAACGGCAACCGACCUCGGUUUCGAAGACGGCACCGAAUACCAAGAUCCGAACAUAAUCUGCCACCGAGACGGAGUCAACGCAGCCUUGAGUGCCACUGUCACCGCUGGCUCCAGCAUUGACAUCCAAUGGACGACCUGGCCAGACUCGCACCAUGGUCCUCUGGUCACAUACCUCGCCUGGUGUAACGGUGACUGCAGCACAGUCGACAAGACCACGCUGGAAUUCUUCAAGAUUGAAGAAGACGGUCUUAUCGAUGGCACAACUCCUCCAGGCACAUGGGCUACUGAUGAUCUUAUUGCUGCUGGGGGCCAGUGGACUGUGAAGAUUCCCUCUACUAUUGCUCCGGGUAACUAUGUCAUGCGCCAUGAGAUCAUCGCUCUGCACUCUGCUGGCCAGUCAAAUGGCGCUCAAAACUAUCCCCAGUGCUUCAAUUUGGAGGUUACUGGUGGCGGAAGUGAUGUGCCUGAUGGCACGCUUGGUGAGGAGCUGUAUACUAAUACUGAUCCCGGGAUCUUGUUCGAUAUUUAUUCUACGCUGACUUCGUAUCCUAUCCCGGGACCGGCUUUGUAUGUCUGA